AUGGAUGAUCUCAGGGUUCGACUUUUUGUUCUUAUUUUGCUCUCUUUCUCACUAACAUGUGAAUCAUGGAGUUGGUUUUCAUCAUCUAAAGAGAGUCAUUCUAGUGAGCGGACUUAUGAAAAUCAAGCAAAUUUUAAAGGUUCAAGCGCGGAAUUUUCAAUUGAACCUUUCAAUGAUCCAAAGGGGAUAAAACUUGUAGAGAAUGCUAAGAACAAAAUGCUUGGAUCCAAUGUUUGUUGGCAAAAUGCUUAUAAAAAUCUAUUUGCCGGAUGUUCUGAGAUUUUGGCUACUAAUGAUAAAAGAUCUAGAUUAGCUUGGCAUUUAAGUGAUUGUUUUCAAAGAGAUUCUGGCAGGCCUUCCUUUCCUCACUGUGACUCAAAAACACCGAUUUCUAAAUGUCUGAGAAACUUAGAUGAUCUUGCUCAUAAGGUUUAUCUCGAAUUCUACCUCGAAACCAACUCCAUUUGCUAUCAAUUACAGACACAUGCAUUUAAACAUGAAACUGAGAGACUUGUAACUGAAUUGAAAAAUUCUGCUCAAUAUGUGGAGGACAAGUUAGAUAGCAUUGAAGAGAAAUCAGAUUGUCUAUUACAAAACUCAAAACAAAUUUCUGAAUCUCUCGAAUCAGUUAAUAGUCACACACAGUUAGUAGCACAAACUGUCAAGAAUGUGGAAGGCAAUAUUGAUGUGGUAUUAAGACAUUCUAAGAGUGUCUAUGAGCAAACUACGAAAAUUGCAGCGUCACAGUCGCAACUAAAAGAAGGCCAAGAGGACAUGAAGAGGAAUUUAGAGGAUGGAGUAGCAUUGCUUCAAGAAUCUUAUAGCUAUUUGGGUAAAGAAAUAGAAAAGUUAAGAGAUGAAACCAUUGAGAUUGAGAAUGAGGUCAUCAAAGUUGGAGAUGCAAUGUCAUCAAAGAUGAAUAAUCUGCAAAACAAAGCUGAAGAUAUUGGAAAUAUGGCAGGGAUCUCUUUAGAUAAACAACAACAACUUUUAGACGGACAAUCCACAGCACUCGAGGGUCUAAAUUCAUUGAAUGAGGUUCAAUUCAAAGCACUAGAAGAAAGCAGGAAAAGCCUACAAUAUUUUAUAGAAUAUGGACAUAGGCAACAAGAAGAGCUUCUAAAGAGGCAAGAACAAAUUCAAGGACUACAUGAUAAAUUAAUGGAAAAUUCAAAAACAAUUUUGUCUGCUCAGGAAACGUUUGAAGCAAAACAAGCUACUAUGUUUGAUUCUUUGGAUAAACUAUUUGCUUUGCAAAAUGCCAUGUUACUUGAAUCAAGAGUGAUUAAAGCUUUCUUCAUUUAUUCCAUAUCAAUUUUUGUCAUCUUUAUGUUGACUAGCACAAAACUGACCUACAGCAUAAGACCUUUACUUUACAUUGAACUUUGUGCUACUCUCAUGGUUGAAGUAUUACUUAUUCGUGUAAUAAGUGACAACAUGGAGAAACAAACAUGGAUAAUCAACAAAGUCCGGUUACUUUUCAUGGUAGCUGCUUUGGUUCAACUUUUAUACGCAAUUUGCACAUACAAAGACUUUGAAAAGAUGAACCAUCAAAUACUACUAACACUAGUUAACAAGAUUAACAACAUUCAAAGCAUAGAAGAGACGUCUUUGAACUUUGAUGAUGAUGAUGAAGAUGAUAUGGAUUGGUCUCAAUGGAUAGAUAAUGAUUUAUCUGAUGAUGUGAAUGAGUUGGAUGAUCCUGACUUUAUAAUCCCAGAUGAAGUCGCAGAGAAUGCGAUCACAAUCUUUCCAAAUACAAUAAGUUAUAAUUUACGCUUGCGCAACCGAUUACAUUGA